CCGUGCUCUAAGUCGUCACAGAGAGUAAACUCUUCUUCAUCAUGGCCAUCACUAGAGUAGCAGCCUGCCACAUCGCGCCUAACUUCCUGUCCGCGUCUAAAACCACGAGCAAAGCCGUCUCCCUCAUCCAUCAAGCGGCGCGCAAUGCCGCCCACGUAGUUGUCUUCCCCGAAUCCUACAUUGCGGCCUUUCCCCUCUGGAGUGCGCUGCGUCCACCCACGGAUAAUCACGAUCUGUUCUCCCGUAUGGUGGCGAACUCGAUUGCCAUCGAUGGCGAAGAGGUUGCUGCGCUGCGGACAGCCGCUCGGGAGACCAAUACUGUUGUGAGCAUCGGCAUUUCGGAGCGUAGCCUGACCAGUACUGCCUGUCUCUACAACUCGAACCUCAUCAUCGACAGCACUGGCUCAAUCGCCGUGCAUCACCGCAAGCUGAUGCCAACCUUCUUUGAGAAGUUGACCUGGAGUCCCGGUGACGGGCACGGGCUGCGAGUCGCUAAUACCGCGUAUGGCAAUAUCGGCGCGCUCAUCUGCGGAGAGAACACGAACCCGCUGGCACGAUACACUCUUAUGACACAACGGGAACAGAUUCAUAUCUCCUCAUGGCCAUGUAUCUGGCCUACUCGAAUGUUGGAUGCCCCUUCCGAGGUGGUGGGUAGUACCGGGGACGCUUCUGCUACUAGUACCGCUGGGUCGAACUACAACAAUGUCCUGGCCAACCGUCUGCGCGCUGCUGCCCAUUGCUUCGAGGCCAAGUGCUUUGGUGUGAUGUGUAGUGGAUUCCUUGACAAACCCGCCAUUGAUACCAUUGUCGCUGGAGCCAGUGACGCCGCGCGGAUUCGCCGGACCUUGGAGCUCUCACCGCGUGGCGUCACCAUGUUCCUCGAUCCCACGGGAACGCCGGUUCAGGGAUUUACGGUGAUGGAGUCGACGCGGGAGCAACAGGCACGGGAGUUUGUGCAGAUGGAAGAAGCAGUAUUGUACGCGGAUUUGGAUUUGAAGCUUUGCGUUGAGGGGAAGCAAUAUCACGAUGUUGUGGGUGGUUAUCAACGGUUGGAUGUUUUUGAUUUGCGAGUGGACCGAAGUCGCAGGGAACCGGCGAGAUUUACGGAUACUGAGCAUACUAUUCGAGACGACUAA